GAUCAUAGACUUACUUCCCUUUUGCAGAAGUGCCAUGCUCUGUAUUCUGAGGAAAUCCAUGCUGAAACAAUUUAUUUUUCCACAAGUGCAUGAGUUUUCCUUGCCUGCCUGUAACAGCUCCUCUGUACUGGUGCACGUACACUGUUCACCAGCAGCCAAACACAUCUGCUGCAGAGUUUGUGCCAAGCUGGGUAACCAUGGCAGGUGACGACUGUGUGAGGAAACGCCAGCCUGGCUCCACUGCACCCUGCAAGACCCCUGAGAGUGAAGAAACACAGAGGAGACCUGAGAGCGAGAGGCUGUUUCAAAACUCAAGCAAUGGCCGUGUUGAUGUCGACCACGUGAUAACAAGGAAAAUGCAGCUCAUAGCAGAAGCUGAGCAACUGAAGCCAGCUUUCAUGAAGGAGGUGGACAGUCACUUCACGGAGUUUGUGAACAGCUUGGUGGCAAAAUCGGCGCUCCUGGAUUCCUCAUCUCCAGCCUCCCUCUUCCCAGCUUCCUGCUCAGAGAAGGAAUUGCACAAAGCCAAGAACUCGAGGGCCCCUCCAGAACACGGGAAGGUCUUUACUGCCAGGAGGUCCCUCUUGGACGAGCUGUUUGAAGUGAGUCACAUCAGGACAAUCUACCACAUGUUCAUCGCUCUCCUCAUCGUCUUCAUCCUCAGUACGCUUCUAGUAGACUUCAUUGAUGAAGGAAGGCUGGUCCUUGGGUUUGAUCUCCUGGUCUUUGUUUUUGGGAAGUUCCCCGUUGUCUUCUGCACUUGGCUGUGCAUGUUCAGUGCCACAGUCGUCAUUCCAUACAACCUUUUCGUGUGGUGGGCCCAGGGCUACUGCAGUUCCUCCCGUCGUGCCAUCCGCUCGUUCUUCUACGGGAUGUUGUUCACGCUCUUCCAAAUAGCUGGACUUGGCUUUGGGCCAACCUAUGUUGCUGUAGCCUAUGCCCUGCCUCCAGCUUCCCGUUUCAUUGUCAUACUGGAGCAGGUCCGUCUCGUUAUGAAGGCUUAUUCCUUCAUCCGGGAGAAUGUGCCCAGAGUCCUGUCCUCUGUGAAGGACAAGUCCAGCACAGUACCUGUUCCCAGAAUCUCUCAGUACCUGUACUUCCUCUUUGCUCCCACCCUCAUCUACAGAGACAACUAUCCCAGGAAUCCCACGAUAAGAUGGGGCUACGUAGCCACCAAGUUUGCACAGGUGCUUGGUUCACUUUUCUAUGCCUACUACAUCUUUGUGAGACUCUGCAUUCCUCAGUUUCGCAACAGUAGCCAAGAAACCUUCAAUCUUCGAGGGCUGGUCCUGUGCAUCUUCAACUCCAUUCUGCCAGGUGUACUGAUCCUUUUCCUGGUGUUCUUUGCGUUCCUGCACUGUUGGCUCAACGCGUUUGCCGAGAUGCUGCGCUUUGCAGACAGGAUGUUCUACAAGGACUGGUGGAAUUCCACAUCCUAUGCAAACUACUACCGAACCUGGAACGUGGUAGUACACGACUGGCUCUAUUACUAUGCCUACAGGGACUUCCUUUGGUUUUUUGGGAAGAAGUUCAGAGCAGCAGCUAUGCUGUCUGUCUUCACUGUGUCAGCUGUUGUGCACGAGUACGUCCUGAGCAUCUGCUUUGGCUUCUUCUAUCCGGUUCUCUUCUGCCUGUUUACCUGCUUUGGAGUGGUCUUCAACUUCACCCUCAACGACCGUCGGAAAGGGCCCAUCUGGAAUGUGAUCAUGUGGACUUCCCUCUUCCUAGGCCAAGGGGUCAUCAUCUGCCUCUACAGCCAGGAGUGGUACGCACGCCAGUACUGCCCCACGGAAAACCCCACGUUCCUGGACUAUUUAAAGCCACGCUCGUGGUCGUGUCACACGAAGAUGUGAAGGUGGUGUCCUCUGGCUGUGUCGUCACAGAAAAACAGAGCUGUCCUCCAAGUAUUUGGACCAAUGAUCUAACUCACUACAGACUUUUUCUAAGGGAAGUUGUGCCUCCUGAUUAUUGGGGAGAAACUGUAAUUUUUUUUUAAACACGUUGCUGGAGCAAACCAGUUGACCUGGAUUUGCAACAGACUUCAUAGGCAGCAUCUAUUGCGUGCUGUCCCACUUUGAGCCAUUUCCAUGCCAGUAAAACAUCGAGCUGCAGGUGGAGUCUACUGGAAUCCUACUCAUCCAGGGGUCCCCCCAAGUUGCUGCUUUUCUGGAACAAGAGGCAAGCUGGUCAGAUUUGCUGGUAGCUCAUUGUUGGCAUCCGUCCACCUUCCUUAGCCAUCCCUCUGCAGGUUUUUUUUUUUUUCUCCCUUUUGGUAACGGGAUGUCUACAAACCUUCUGUUCUCCGUGUUCCUGCCUGGCACUGUGACACAGGCAAGUGGAAGAGCAACAGGGUGUUUGCCUUCUUGCUCUGAAGAUAGCCAAAGUAUUCCUGGCUGGCUUUCAACUGUGUUCCAUGUGCGCUGGCUGCCAACAGAUAUAAAAUGGGCAGAGGGGAUUGUCGGUGUGCUUGUGGCUGCUUUGCAGAGUCAGGUUUGGAAGCAGGGCAUGGUGUGUGCAGUCUUUACAUGACUUUUUACUCUGAAAACUUGUGUUUUAUCUUCAUUCAUUUAGUUCCCAACUGUCUUACAGCAUUUUUGUUCUCUGAAGGCCCUUGUGACUCAAGGAAUCGGUUUUCUUCUUGCUCUUCCUUUCUCCUGCUCUAGGUAAUCAAUUCUUUUAACAUGAUUAACUUGUAAAAGAGAUUUUACUUCAAUUUGGCAGGUGCUUUAAGGUAUACACGGUUGUUGAGGGUAUCUUUACUAAGAAAGACUUGAAAUACUACAAGCCAACUGUAAGAAAAUAGGAUCAACAUUACAGAUACAUGGCACAAUCUUGUUUGGCCACGUGCAGCUCAGCACCUUGGUGCCACUUGCCCACCUGCGUUGCAGCAGCUUCUAAUGCUGCUGGGGAAUGAGGGUCAACUGGUGGAGGUGCCUUGACUUCGGUGAA